CCUGACCCGGCGGAGCCAGAGGAGGACAGCGAGCAACCCGCCAUGGUCCCGAUGGUCGUGGACCACGACUAUGGGGCCAGCGGUACCGUAUGUGUGGACAGGGAGCAGUAUGGAGAUAUGUUGAGGGAACUCGAGGCGCUGAGAGAGCAGGUCCAAACGUAUCAUCUUUCCAACUUUGGACUGAAACGGUUUGCUUCGUCUCCUGAAGACAUCAGAUUUUACACCAGAUUCCCCUCAUACGAGCAUCUGAUGGCGUUUUGGAACCUGAUUGAGGCAGCAACAGCCAAAAUAAUUAGGGUCACCAGAGCAAAGAAAACCUACGCCACUAGCACAACAACUGAAAGCCCUUUAACCAGACCAACUAAACUGCUGCCAAUAGAUGAGCUCUUCCUCUUCCUGACAUACCUGUCCACUGGCUGUACCCAGAGGGAGUUGGGUCAUAGAUUUAACAUCCACCGAGCAACCGUCAGCCGAAUCAUCGUGACCUGGGCCAACUUCCUCUACAGCUUACUGGGCUCAGUCUGUAUAUGGAUGUCUCCCGCAACUGUGAAGGCCCAUCUUCCACGCGACUUUGAUGGCAGCUACAGUGACACACAGGUGGUCCUCGACUGUACAGAGCUACGGUGUCAAACACCGUCAUCCAUGCUCCUUCAGAGCGAAGUUUUCUCGACCUACAAGUCCCACUGCACCUUUAAGGCCAUGGUGGGCAUGUCCCCUCACGGAGCCCUGAGUUUUGUUUCAGCACUCUUUGAGGGUUCCAUGAGUGACAAGGAGGUGUUUCGUCAGUCAGGGAUUGCACCACUCUUAAUGCCUGACAUGGCCAUCAUGGUUGACAAGGGAUUCUUGGUGGAUGACCUUGUACCUGGGACUGUUCAUCGUCCUGCCUUCCUCUCCAAGAGGGCCCAAAUGCCAGAGGUGGAUGUUCUGAAGACGCAGUCCAUCGCCCGUUUGAGGGUGCAUGUCGAGAGGAUGAUCAGAAGAGUUAAAGAAAAUAAACUCUUUGAUACCACCAUCCCUCUCUCCAUUGCAGGGAGCAUAAACCAACUCUUCACUGUCGCUUGUCUCCUCUCAAAUUACCAAAAUGGACCUCUUGUCAAGAAAUGGAGAUAUGAAGUUUGAUAUUGUAGCUUAAUCUUUUUCUGAGGAAUAUGAUAACUAUUGUUCUGUUAAACAUAAAGAAUUCAUGAAAUUAAAUCAUUUUUAUUGCCUUUAAUAUCAAGAUAAUAAAUAUUUCUUGGCGUGCUCACGGCACACACACAUUUUAUUGUGUUUACUUUUUGGGAAGGCAAGGUUAAUCAUGGAAAACAUCUGCCAUUGAAAGUUAAAGAUGCACAAACAUUAACAUAAAAUAAUCUCAAUCAUAAAACGUACCAUUAAAAGUGAAAAUUAAAGAACAGAUCUUAUUUUAUCUCAAUCCUGAAGCAUUACACAUUUCUGCAAGUAGACAUAAAAAUAAAACCUGUCUACUUUCUC